AUUUUGCUGAUCACCCAGUGCCAGGUUCGUUAUUUCUAACGAAGGAAAACAUACUUUUACAACAGAAAUGAUAAAGCUUUUCUCCUUAAAACAACAAAAGAAGGAUGGCACAGAUGGUGGUGAUAGAGGUGGGAGCCAGAAGAAAGCGUCAGCAGCACAACUGCGAAUUCAAAAAGAUAUUCAUGAACUAAACCUUCCAAAAACUUGCCAAGUUGACUUUCCCGAUUCUGAUGAUCUACUGAAUUUUAAAUUAAUAAUAUGUCCAGAUGAGGGUUUCUAUCGAAAUGGCAGAUUUGUGUUUAGUUUUAAAGUGGGUCCGGGCUAUCCACACGAUCCACCCAAAGUGAAGUGUGAGACGAUGGUCUACCACCCCAAUAUAGACUUGGAGGGAAAUGUCUGCUUAAAUAUUUUAAGAGAGGAUUGGAAACCUGUAUUAACAAUAAAUUCUAUAGUCUAUGGUUUACAGUAUUUGUUCUUGGAACCCAACCCAGAAGAUCCCCUAAACAAAGAAGCAGCCGAGGUUUUGAGAAACAAUAGGAGAAUAUUUGAACAGAACGUUAAUAAGUCUAUGAGAGGUGGCUACAUUGGGUCGGUGUACUUUGAACGUUGUUUGAAAUAGUUUCAGUGAGCUGUUCUCCAAGCAAUGGCCUGGAGUACUGUAGGACAAUUUCCAACAUAUACCGACAAGGGGAGACUACUCUGAGGGCUGUCUCACUGUCCGCAUCCAGCCCACCAAAGAUUUUAUAUAUGAGCCAUGUGUGGCUGUAACAACAGUGAGAGCUGGUCCAGUUACCAGCCUGUUACCAAGGCCAUCUUGUGGAUGUACUCUGAUUGGUUUCCAAGACUUGAUGCAACAUCAGAUGUCAUGGUGACUGAUGUCAUGGAACACCUGCCAUCCUGUACGAAACAGGAACAAGGCUGUGGAUGUCUGCAAACUGGAUUAGCUUUCAUCAAGCUAGAAUUUGGAGUAGUGUGGAUUGAUACUACUACUGGGUGGGGCAGACAAAGCAUAUAGGGAUAGGGUGGGUGUACUCAUACCUUGUUUAACUUGUGUGAGUUUAGAUUAAUUGCUGAUCAGGUUAUCAGGUUAGCUGAUUAGGAAAGGGUGAGUUUUUUGGGGGAAUUUUUUUUUUUUUUUCGUAGUGUAUAUUGUACUUGGGGGUGGACAGGUACAGCUGGUGUGUGAACAGUGAGUCAGGCAUGCUAGUGUGCUGUACAUGGAGUCACAAGGCAGAAACAGAUGCCAAUUUUACUGGUAACAGUGCUCACAUUAAAUGUGAACCAUCAUUGUGUUUUUACUCAUAUCAAGGUUUACUUGUUUGGCUCCUAGUCAAAAGAUACAAAUUGAUCUGUUCAAAUGUGUUUGCGUGUGCUGGUCAUUGAGCCUAAUGAUGACACAACCCACUAGCAUGGUUCAGAUCACUGGCAGUAGGAUAGGCUGGGAAGCCUAAUUGUGUAAAUGACUGACUCCUGGAUGUGCGUAUCAGCGGUCUCGUGUAAACUAUUUGUGUGAGAGAAUUACUAAUUAUCUUUUAGGUGGGCGUGGAAGUUGUGAUUUAUAAUGUUAACCUGUCACUGUGUACACUAUCACCUGGUUUGGGUUAAAUGCCUUAUUGAAUGAGCUGUCACAUUUUUGAUGUCAAACAUAUAAAUAUGUAUGCCCUUAAAAUGACUACAUGGGGAGUUUGUUUUUGUGUGGUUUGUUUCUUUUAUAUGUUGCGUUUAUUUGUAUUGGAAUAUUUAAUUUCCAUUAGGUUCAUAGAUCAGGUUCAUGUACUGGUACGUUGUACUUAAGCACUAAAACAUAACCUUAGAUAGGGAAUGUGAAGAUUUCCCCUCUUUCGCUGUUUGUGAGAACUUGAUGACAAUGAGUGAUCAAUCUCACUUGUGAGAUUGUACAGUCUAACCUUGAUUGGAAUAACUUAUUUUUCAUCAAUAUGGUGAGCAUAUGAUCUGUAUAUCACACAUGGGAAAUUUCAACAGUAACUUGCCAAAGGUUGGUGUUGUGCCCUGGUCACUGGUUUCAUCCACCCUUUAAAGUAUCGUAAGUGAAAUAUUCUCAAGUAUGAUGAUAAAGAAUAACCAAAGAAAUAAUCUUUUAGCAUCUUAUAGAAUGCUUCAGCAUGUGAAGAAAGUUAAAUCAUUGUUGAAUAAUCUUUUGAAUUUCUGUGUAUUUCGUGUCCACAUUUCUUUGAAAUUAGCAAUGAUUGGCUGCUCUAGAAAUUGGGUCAUCUUUUUUCAAAGGCAUUCCAAAAUGCCCAUAUCAAUGGGGUUUUUUUCUUCUUGAAAUACAAAAAAAGAUUUAAAAAUCUAAAUUAACUAGUAUUACAGACCCAGAAUUAUCAAUUGGCGGUAUCCUGUUAAAGGUAUUUUGCAACCCAAUAAUUAUCGAAAUCAUUUAUACAUUUUCAAGAUAAAACAAGUGCAAAUUGCCUCGAAUAAUGAUGUCUGGUACAGUGUGUUAGGGGGAAAAAAGUUGUCCCCAUGUUAUAGUAGUGUUUAUGGCAUUACAUUUUAAAUUUGUAAUUUCACAUUACAAAUCUGUUUGGGCUAAAAUUAAAACAGGUCAGUCAGAUCAUUUUUUUAAGUAUUUAUAACUUCUAGGAAAACCCUAAUUUGAUGAUCUAUCUUAAUGAGGUGAAUUUUAUCCUGUAGACAACCCUUAAAAUGUUAAUGUUUGACAAAUACUAGCAUAACUCCCAACAGAGAGUGAUUUAUUUAUUUAGUUAGUAAUUUAUUUACUUUUUACAUUUGCACUCAGGAUUAUUUCAUUUAUUUGACGGCAGCCAGCAUCAUAGUGGGAGGAAGCUGGGCAGAGUCCUAAACAUCUGCAGGUUGCUGGCAGAUCUUCCCAUGGCCAGCAGAGAUUGAGGAUGCAUUGUAUACUUGAGUCUUGCUUGACGUGUCAGCACAUUACCUUUGGCAACUUGUCUCUUUCUUAAAUCACCAUACAAGGAAAAAAUAUAGAUGCAUUGUCUAAAUUUCAGUUAACUGAUGUCUUCAUGUUCUUAGUCCUAAUAGCUUCCAUUCGAUAGUCAACUUGAUCAAACUGUAUCGUUUGUUCUAUCUGUUUUCUUUACAUUUAAUUCAACUUUUGCAUUAGUUUUGAAUUUGCAGCUUUUUUUCGCCUGUUUUGUUCUGUAUUUUCUUGUAUUUGCCAAGCUGGGAAUGAACAACAAAGCAAAGUAUUCUUGGCCAGUAUGUGUUUGAAUUGGAACUUUGGAUACCAAGGUUAUACUAGUGUGUAUAGGAAUCUGUGCUGAUGAUUACAUGAAACAAACAAUGAGGAGGACAGUGCUUUUGGCAUAAGGAAAGCAGAUUAAAUCUUUCAACCCUG